CAGUCGGAAAACCUCCUGAAAUUUGUGUCUGGGCAGCCAGGCAUAAAGCUCAGGGCACAUUUGUGCCAUAGAGAUUGCGACCAGCUGAGGAGCAAUCCUGAUCUUCUUCACCUUAAAGACUUUCAGCGCAUCAAGCCAGGCAGUGUGACAGGAUGGGAAGAGAAUCUCAUUGCGGUCGACGAGAACGCAGAGCUGAGGAGAGAGAUGAAAGAGAAGACAGACAAGAAAGAAAAGAAAGAAAAGGAAGCAGCGGAGGAGUCAAGCCAGAGUGGAGAGUCCAAGAAGGCCAAGAAACCCCUGGAGGCUCUGUACGGGAAUACGGGGCUCGAUCCGGACAGCAAAAAGAGGAAAAGGAUUGUGGCCCGGAUGAAAAAGAAGUUAAAAAAGGCAAAAACCUCGUCCAGCAGUUCGUCGGCGAGUUCCAGCACCAGCACCUCGGAGGGGGAGACAGUGGAGGACGACUUGCUGCAGGACAGGUCAAAGUUGCAGAAGAUUGCAACGAUGGCCCCAGGAGUCUUGGCGGCAUCGUCGCUGCAGACCAUGAAGUCUUACAUCAUGCAGAGCAGCGGCAACCCGUGGCAUUUGGAAGAAGGGAGUCUCCCCCCAGUGCUUUCACAGUAUGCCAGGCAGUACCUUUUGGGGAAAGCCAGUGGUGGGAUUCGUCGAGAAAUAGAGACGUUGGUGUGCAUUGGAGAUUAUCUCCUGCUGGGCAGGGCAGCGGAGGCCUGCGACUGCCUUGUGCAGCGAGUGAAGAGCUUAGAGAUGACCCUGGCGGGCCAGAGCUGGGCCACGAGUCAGAAACUAGAAAUAAUCCCCAAUGUGGACGCUGGAGUGGCGUCAAGGGCAGAACUCCAGUUAGCCCAGAAGGAGGCAGCACUCGACAUGAAGGCGAAAGGGAGCAGCGCCAAAGAAAAACUCCUGAGUGUGGGAGAAAAAAGAAGAAGAAUAGCAGAGGGAGAAAAGGUUUGCGCUCUUAGAGAUACUCCCGAGGAUGAUGGGAGUGAAAGAAAAAAGGCAACAGGAGGAUGCGACAGUAAAGGAAGUGAGGACGCAGGCAGAAGCUCCAGGACGAUGCAGAGAAAGGGAGAAGACUGUAGGGCGGUAGCAGAGGGAGUCAAUGAGCUCCCGGUUGGGUUUCACUUUUUCCGUGGAGGAGCUGCCACUCCUCCUGGUAGUGUGCAUGAAUCUUCUCCCGAUGUGGAUGAAGGUACAGCUGACGACAGCCAAGGCACAGGCUUGGGCCGCGCCAAUGCUGGAAAAAGACUUGAAUUUGUUGGAGAGAAUGUUUCCAAGUUGCAGAAGCAAGUUCUUGAAGGUCUACUACCAGCGUGCAAGCGGGUGUGUGAGUGGACUGAGCGAUUGGACGCGUUUUCGUGGCAUGACUUCUUUUGUGUAAGAGGGGUCGACUAUAAAGGUGAUGAAAUCCUGAACGCACAGUGGAUUAGGUGGGAAAAUGUCAGCCCUGCGUUGCCUGUUGAGAUUGGAGGGGUGGAGUUAGAGAAGGUGGUUGAGCUGGGUUCUCAUCACUAUGCGCUUAAUUUCGACACGUACCUGUUGGCGCCAGAAGAUCAGGUCUAUGUGCGCCCCCCGCGCGUGAUGGUUGCACCAGAGUGCUGGGAUGCUUUUUGCGAUAAUAUGUUGCAGAGGGGAGUCUUUAGCAUGGUGCAUGAAGACGAGAUCUAUCGGGUUCAGGAUAAGCCCCUUCUUAACGGGUUAUUCGGGGUGUCUAAGCACGAGUUUGAGGGGAACUACGAGGUGAUGAGGGUCAUUAUGAACCUUGUGCCGGUGAAUGCGGUAUGUCGAGGGUUGGACAGCGACAUUGCUACCUUGCCGUCAAUUUCUGGGAUGACGCCUUUGGAACUUUUGUGUGAUGAGGAUCUGGUGAUUUCCAGUGAGGAUGUACGAUGUUUCUUUUACAUCUUCAAGAUCCCCCCUAGCUGGCAUCGCUUCAUGGCUUUCAAUCGUCCUCUUCCUGCUCGACUCUGUGGAGAUAAACCUGGAGUAUGGUACCCGUGUAGCUCUGUCUUACCAAUGGGUUUUAAGAACAGCGUAGCGUUAGCCCAACAUGUGCACAGGGUUAUUGCCAAGAAGGCGUUGGUACGGUGUCACCGUGGGGGGGAGGUCGAAAUGCGAAAGGAUAGAAGUUUCACUACGAGCAAUCCCCUCAUGAGAAUUUAUUUAGAUAAUUUUGAUGAGCUUCGCAAAGUCUCAAAGGGACAUGCGGAAGCUAUUGCAGGUCAUGUUUCACCGUUGGUUUCUAGUUUACGGGAGGAGUAUGCAUUGCUGAAGGUUCCCCGUCACCCUAGAAAAGGGGUGGCGAGUCAAACUCUUGCUGAAGUUCAAGGUGCGGUGGUUGAUGGUAAAGCCGGAAUUGCGUAUCCCAAGCAGGAGAAGGUUCUCAGGUACGCUUAUUUGACCAGGCUUGUGCUUGAAGCAGGUGAAGCCACACAGAAACAGAUGCAGAUUGUCGGUGGAGGCUUGGUUUAUUUGGCGAUGUUCAGGAGACCGCUCCUAGGUAGCCUUAACGCUAUUUGGACCUUUAUCUGCUCCUUUGAAGGAUUUCCCCCCGUGGUCAAAUUGAAACUGCCUGAAGAGGUCCGAGAAGAAUUGGCAAGGUUUCUAGGGUUGAUUCCUUUGGCUUACAUGGACUUCCGUUGCCGCCUUAGUAGCUUGGUAACCGCUAGUGACGCGUCAACUACGGGCGGGGGUGUUACGGCUUCCAACAAGCUAUCGCCUGCGGGUUGUGUGGCAGCCCAGUGUCCUGUACGGGGGGAUGUGGUGGAGCCAACAGACAUUACGGGUGUGCUUACCGUGGGGUUGUUCGAUGGCAUCAGUGGGUUACGAGUUGCCGCUGACGUCCUUGGUUGGAACGUAAUGGGGCAUAUUAGUGUUGAGCGGUCGCCGGAAGCAGCCCGAGUUGUUGAAUCACGGUUUCCCAACACUAUUCAUGUGUCAAAUGUGCAGGACAUCACUGGUGAGAUGGUUAAAGACUGGUCCCUGAAAUUUUCUCAGGUGGGCCUCAUACUGCUGGGGGCUGGUCCCCCAUGUCAGGGGGUAUCAGGUCUAAAUGCUGCACGAAAAGGAGCGCUCCGAGAUGAACGUAGUGCUGUGUUUCAGCAUGUACCCCGCGUAAGAGAUUUGCUGAAAGCAGCCUUUCCGUGGGCCCAAGUUCAGACUUUGAUGGAAUCAGUGGCAUCCAUGGACCAGAGUGACGAGGAGAUCAUGUCGGCUAGUUUCGGUGCUACACCUUGGUAUAUUGAUGCUGGAAAUGUGAGCCUGGCUCACAGACCACGGUUGUAUUGGACGGAAUGGGAAUUGGUGGCUGAAGAGGAUGCCACUUUGGAUGUUCUUCCGUCUGGUUUGAAUCCCAACUUGAGGGUACAAGAUCUGGUGGAACGCACCGCACCAGGAAGUGAAACGGAUUUCCAGACCUACCUGCAGCGGCCUAUGAUGGGAAGCUGCCGACGGGUGGGGCACCUGGCUAAUGAGCUUAAGCUGGUUCGGAAAUUGUGCACGUUGAUCAGUAUCAAAGGUGAUGACCUUUUGAUUCAGCCGUCUACGGACGAUCAGGUCAAAUAUCAGAGAUUAAGGGCGUCCAUUCCAUCAAAGUUGUGGAAAUGGCGUACCAUCUGUGGAUGGACCUGGUCGCAACAAGCUGAGCAUAUUAAUGUGCUUGAGCUUCGAGCCGUUCUUACGGCUUUGAGGUGGCGGAUUGAACGCAAAGGAAUUACGCAUUCCAAGUUUGUGCAUUUAGUUGAUUCUUUAGUGUGCCUGCAUGCGUUGAGUAGAGGACGGUCAUCUAGCCGUAAGCUAAAACGUACCUUGCUUCGGAUCAAUUCCCUGCUUCUUGCGACCAACUCCCACGUUUUGUGGGCUUACGUGAAUACAAAGGACAAUCCGGCGGACGCCCCGAGUAGGCGGCCCCGGAAAAGAAAAUGGUCCAAUGCCUAA